AUGGGCGCGUGGGUCUCUGCUCUGGAUCUGCUGUCGUUCACCAGAAGGGGCUUGCAGGUUGACCGAAUCAUCUGCUGCGAAGUGUUGAAAUCAUACAAAAGAUCAUCAAAGUGGACACUCAGCUUGCGAAGUUUGGCUCGGAUGUCCGAGUCUUACUUGCGCAUAGACUCCGUGAGCUGCUCGCACUUCAUGAGCGCGAACAGCCGCUGGCUGGUCGCAUUGCAAGCCAUGGGAUGGUUUCAACUUCCACAGGGUAAAGCUGGCUUGUUGCCUUUCAACAUUCUUCAGAACAGCUACUCCUCGACCGAAUGGGAGUCUGCAGCUGCAGGCCUGGAACAUGCAUGCCACUCUCGCUUCUGCCCUGAUGAAAUUUCAUUUUGCGCGUCAUUGAAGAAGCAGCGCUGGCUUCUCGUAACAGGCGCAUUUGCCCUGCUGCAGAAGAUGCUGUUGCAGGAGGUCCGGCCCAACAUCAACUGCUUCAACUGUUUGGUUCAUGUUUGUAGCAGCAAUUGGCCAAUCGUUCUGAAGAUUCUGCUAUGGGCGCAGCAGCAUCUAAUUCUUCCUGACACCGUCACUCUGAACACAUGCAUCGGGUCCAUAGCAGCAGAAGCCACUGGGGACACGUGGGCCCUUCCUCUGGUUCUGGUCAAGGCGGCCGGUGUUCAACGAGACUCCAUAACAUGGCUUUCAGUCCUGGAGCCCUUGGCAUGGUCGCGAGCCGUCCAUUUUCUUCGAUGUAUGCCAGUGGAACAGCUGCGGCCAUCCGCACACUGCACCAGCGCUGUGACGAAGUCGUGCAAGAAUCUUGGGCUUUGGAGGCUGUCCCUGAGCCUGUUAUCUGACUCCGCAAAUCGCAGCGACUGCACUGCUUGCAGUGCAGCCACUGCUACUUGUGCAGCUGCGUCCUGCUGGCAGAUGGCACUAUAUCUUACAGGUAUUGAAAGGUGGGGCCUGCAGCAAGAUAACGUCUCACUCAAUUCAUGUGCAUCCGUUUUGGAGAAGAGCCAUGCAUGGUCGUACGUUCUAUGUCUGCUGGAGCACAUCUGCACAAGGCAGGUAAAGAUUUCUCAAGAAAGUCAUCGUCCUGCCAUCUCCGCCUGCGGCAACUCUGUUUGCUGGGUGCAGGCACUGGCUUGUUGGGAAAAGCUUCAAAUCUGCUCUCGGCCAGAUAGUGCAAGCUGCAAUGUGGCCCUGAGCAUCUAUGAGAAGAGGGGUUUGCUGCUAUGGCACCGCACACUAGCAUUAUGGAGGAAUCUGCAUGCCAGCCACUUUGCGCCAGACGACAUCAGUUUCAAUGCGGCGAUCAGUUCUUGUGAGAAGGGCGAACGGCAGACAACGAAUUCAGGAUCCAUGAACUCACCAAGCGGAGGAAAAAACCUUGUAGGAUGCUCGCACCUUUCAAGUUCCAGUCAGCUCGGAGGCUGCAUCUAG